GAGACGGGAAGUCAGUCACCUGGUGGCGAAGGCCAGUAACACAGCAGAGCAGAAAGAAAAUCGCUUUCUCCCUCUCUUUCCUCUGUAGGAUGCACCUCCUAUUCCCUCAACUCUUUUAGCGUAACCUUCAAAGAAGAACGUUCCCUUCAGACUUUAUUAUCGCCUUUUCCCUAAUGAGAGAAUACCUCUUAGCCGCAAGACAUUUUUUUUUUUUUGUAAGUCUAUGCAGGACUUCGGGGAUUCUGCUAUCUUGCCAGGGAAAUUGAUCCCUACUAAUGUCUGGGACUCACAGUGUGCUAAAUUAGCUACCGGAGUGAACCUGCCAGAGAGGAAGGCUUUUAUCACAUACUCUUCUCUUCAGUUUGAACAUAUUUGCUUGAAAUUUGCCGCAUGAUGCUGUCCAGGGAAGCAGCUUUCUUCCUUGGGAUGCAGCAGUUCGCUGGUUUCUAAGCUUAUGGCAGAAGAAGAAAUAAUCUUAAAUAGAGUGGAUUUUUCCCACCCCUCUGCUUGCUUUGCCUGAGCUUGGUUGCACCGCUUUAACGAUGAUCACCUGUCACUAAACCUUUGAGGAAGUAAAACAAAGUGAAUUAUCAUUAUCAUUUAUUUAUUUUUAUUAUUUUUAACCGGUGGAGGCGGCGUGAGCACGGAGAAUGAGACUGAGAGAAGCUGCCCGGGUCUGGAGGAGGAUAAAGCUGAGUUUAAGCUGGAAACUAAAACACUAGAUUGUUUUUCGGUACAACUUGCCCGGUUCCUCUCCACUUCCUUUAGUUUCGCUCCAUGGACAGAUCAACAGACCUGGACAUUGAGGAGCUCAAGAUGACACGAGAACAAUACAUUUUAGCAACACAACAGAACCACCUACCAAGAACUGAAAAUGCACAAUUGUAUCCAGUGGGAAUUUAUGGAUGGCGAAAGAGGUGCUUAUACUUCUUUGUCCUUCUGCUGUUGGUUACCACGAUAGUUAACUUAGCCAUGACAAUAUGGAUAUUGAAAGUUAUGAAUUUCACUGUGGAUGGUAUGGGAAAUCUGAGAGUCACCAAGAAGGGAAUACGACUUGAAGGUAUAUCUGAGUUUCUACUUCCAUUGUAUGUGAAAGAAAUUCAUUCCCGAAAGGAUAGUCCACUGGUCUUACAGUCUGACAGGAAUGUAACAGUGAAUGCAAGAAAUCACAUGGGGCAGCUCACGGGACAGCUGACAGUGGGAGCGGAGUCUGUAGAAGCUCAGUGUAAAAGAUUUGAGGUGAGAGCAAGUGAAGAUGGUAGAGUGCUGUUUUCUGCAGAUGAAGAUGCGAUUACCAUUGGGGCAGAAAAACUGAAAGUUACAGGCACUGAGGGAGCAGUAUUUGGGCAUUCUGUGGAGACUCCCCACAUCAGAGCAGAACCCUCCCAAGACCUCAGGCUUGAAUCACCAACCAGGUCCUUGAUAAUGGAAGCUCCUCGAGGAGUCCAGGUGAGAGCUGCUGCAGGUGACUUCAAGGCUACCUGCCGGAAAGAACUACAUUUACAGUCUACAGAGGGGGAGAUAUUUCUAAAUGCAGAUACAAUCCGGCUGGGAAAUCUACCAACCGUCUCUUUUUCAUCUUCUUCAUCAAGUUCCUCAAAUUCUCGACAGACAGUGUAUGAACUCUGUGUCUGCCCCAAUGGCAAACUUUACCUUUCUCCAGCAGGAGUGGGAUCCACUUGUCAGUCCAGUAGCACCAUCUGCUUGUGGAGCUGAAGUGACUGAUUUCUCCUCACACCAGAAAAGCCUUUUGUUCCUGUUCGUCUGCUUCACAGUUCUGCUGUUUCCCUUGUGAUCAGUCCAGAGUUUCUUCAGAUGGUCCUCAGAGCAACUUGUUCCAGUACAAGCAGGAAUUCGCCUCCACCUUCUCUUAUGAUUUAUCAAACUGCUAACAUGUACUGUGUGAGUGACCUAACAGUGGAGAAGUCACCUUCAGCAGGAAAACUGGAUCAUAACUUUUGCUCAAAAGGGAGAAUUAACAUAGGUGCCUUUGCUACAUGAAGUGAAGCACACAGUUUUAGAUUUUUGCAGAAUCUGGAUAUGAACUACACAGAUAAACAUUACAUAGAUGAAAUUCCCAGUAUCCAACAGGAAGAUGAAAUGGUUAACCCUGUAUGAAAACUAAUUCUACAGUCCAAAAGCACAAUUUCCAUUCAUCUUUUUGGAUGUAAACUUUUAUCCUUGAAUUUUAAAUAUUUGAAGCAUUGUAAAAUGCUUGCUUUACUAAAAAUUAAAUUCAAUAUGAAUUUUUAACAAAACAAAACAAAACAAAACAAGAUACAAUCCCUCCUUGAGUUUUGUUUCUUUAAAUUCAGUGUGUUGUUACUCUUUGUCUACUAAGUCUAGAAUUUUGUACAUUAGGUUAUUUUGAAAGCACUCAGCAAUAUAAUCUUUACAUAAUUAACACAAUGCCAUUAUAUUGUCAUUUGUCAAAUCUGGAUGGCCUUAUAUCGUAUUUACCUGGCUAUUGCAUGUGAUGUAUUUGCUUUCACAAAACAUUAAUUUAUUGCAAUGUAAGGUAGGAUUAAGAGGGACAUAACUGAUGGUGUGGAAUCCGGAGAUCACUUCCUUAAAAAUUCACAUGCUAUCCUUUACACUUAGAUUUCAAUAGUACAGAUUUUGUUUUUACUUUAUGUUUGAUUUUGACUGAUAAAAUUCAAACAUCCUCUCAAUAAAUAUUUAUAUGAUGCAUAAUGCUGAGAAUGGAUUCACUUUCCAUCGGGCUAUCAUCUUCAAAGUUAUUAUCCAUUACUUUACAUUGUAAAUUAAGAUAUAAGGAGGCUAGAAUUAAAUAUUCUUG